CACUGGGGUAGAGAAUCAUAUGAACAGAACCAGGACAGGGAGGCCAGCGGAGGUUCCUGAAGAGGGAGCGUCCAGGCCCUGUGCUUCUCUCGCUGUGAGCCGGCAGGGUCGCCUAGCAUGCCCACUGGCAAGAGAGAGGGGACUGACACACUUGCUCCCAUCAGCUUCUGAAGGUGACACUGAACCCCAGGUGGCCCUCUACCACCAAAGCAGGUGCUUGUGUUUGUUAGACAAAUAAGCCAGGCCUGGCACCCCUUUAGCUCCAAAGUCCAGAGGUGCAGAGAGCCAGGACCCAGAGACGUGCUGCUCACGAGGGAUGGAUAAAUUGCCAGUGAUGUGGUGCAUUGUCCUGUUUUCCCUUUUGACAUGGGUUUAUGCGGAGCCUACUAUGUAUGGGGAGAUCCUAUCCCCUAACUAUCCCCAGGCAUACCCCAAUGAGAUAGAGAAAUCUUGGGAUAUAGAAGUUCCUGAAGGGUACGGGAUCCACCUCUACUUCACCCAUCUGGACCUGGAGCUGUCAGAGAACUGCUCAUAUGACUCAGUGCAGAUAAUGUCAGGAGGCCUUGAAGAAGGGAAAAUCUGUGGACAGAGGACCAGUAAGAAUCCCAACUCCCCAAUUGUGGAAGAGUUCCAAGUCCCAUACAAUAAACUCCAGGUGAUCUUUAGGUCAGAUUUCUCCAACGAAGAGCGUUUCACUGGGUUUGCUGCAUACUAUGUUGCCAUAGAUGUAAAUGAGUGCACAGACUUUGCCGAUGUCCCUUGUAGCCACUUCUGCAACAACUUCAUUGGUGGUUACUUCUGCUCCUGCCCCCCAGAAUACUUCCUCCAUGAUGAUAUGAAAAAUUGUGGAGUCAACUGCAGUGGGGAUGUAUUCACUGCACUGAUUGGAGAGAUCACAAGUCCCAAUUAUCCCAACACAUACCCAGAGAACUCAAGGUGUGAAUAUCAGAUCCUGUUAGAGGAAGGGUACCAAGUGGUGUUGACUGUUCGGAGAGAAGAUUUUGAUGUGGAACCAGCUGACUCAGAGGGCAACUGUGCUGACAGUUUACUUUUUGUUGCAAAAGAUGAGCAAUUUGGUCCUUACUGUGGUAAUGGAUUCCCUGGGCCACUAAAUAUUGAAACCAAGAGUAAUGUUCUUAAUAUCAUCUUCCUAACUGACCAAACAACAGAAAGAAAGGGCUGGAAACUUCGUUAUCAUGGAGAUCCAAUCCCGUGUCCUAAAGACGUCAGUGUCAAUUCUGUUUGGGAGCCUGAGAAGGCAAAAUAUGUGUUCAAAGAUGUGGUGAAGAUAAACUGUUUGGAUGGGUUUGAAGUUGUACAGGGAAGUGUUGGCUCAACAUCUUUCUAUUCUACUUGUCAAAGCAAUGGAAAGUGGAGUAAUUCCAAACUAAAAUGUCAACCUGUGGACUGUGGCAUUCCUGAAUCCAUUCAGAAUGGUAAAUUUGAAGAACCAGAACAUACUUUAUUUGGUUCUGUCACUCGAUACACAUGUGAGGAGCCACAUUACUACAUGCAAGUUGAAGAAAGUGGGGAGUAUCACUGCGCUGGAAAUGGGAGCUGGGUGAAUGAGUUGCUGGGCACAGAGCUGCCAAAAUGUGUUCCAGUCUGUGGCACCCCCACUGAGACCUUUAAAGGAAAAGGGAGGAUAUUUGGAGGAGUCAAAGCAGAUAUAAAAAAUUUUCCCUGGCAAGUCUUCUUUUUGAACCCACGGGCUGGUGGGGCUCUCAUUGAUGAGUACUGGGUGCUGACAGCUGCCCAUGUUGUGGAGGCAAAUCGAAACCCAGUCAUGUAUGUUGGAACUACCUCAGUGGUCACCUCAGAGCUGAGUAAGGCCCAGAUGCUCACUGCUGAGCGUGUGAUUAUUCAUCCUGGUUGGGAAUUCCUGGAUGACUCAAAUACACGGAAGAAUUUUGACAAUGACAUUGCGCUGGUGCGGCUGAAAAACCCAGUGAAGAUGGGACCCACUGUCUCCCCUAUCUGCCUGCCAGGCCCCUCUUCAAAAUACGACCCCUCAGUGAGAGACCUGGGACUGAUCUCAGGCUGGGGCAAAAUGGAAAGAGUAGAUCACGUUAGAGUGCUCAGAGGAGCAAAGAUACCUAUUGCUCCCUUAUCAAAGUGCAAGGAAGUGAAGGGGAAAAAUUCAAAAGUUGCUAUAAAUACCUACGUUUUCACUGAUAACAUGAUCUGUGCUGGAGGAGAGAGGGGUGUUGAUAGCUGUGAUGGGGACAGUGGUGGGGCCCUUGCUAUACAGGUUCCCGGUGAAUCCAAAUUCUAUGUAGCUGGCCUGGUGUCCUGGGGCCCCGAAUGUGGGACCUAUGGGAUCUACACACGAGUGAAGAACUACAUUGACUGGAUAAUGAAGACUAUGCAGGAAAAUAGUACCCCCAGUAUGGACUAAUCUAUACACAUAUCACCAGCCUUUCCAAGGCGGUAGAAUCAAUUUGUUGCUUUCCAUUCUUCACAAUAUUCCCAUCACUUCACCAUGACUGAGUGAAGAUAUGGGAUAUAUGCCUGGAGGUAGUGUUUUAUCAUAACAUUGUGUUGGUCAUUCAGUGUGGUCUGAAUCUGUGAGUUCCUCUCUCCUGAAUAUAUACUAUGGAUAACAACAUGGGAAGGGCACUGCUAUCUUGCACUAUUCCACAGGGAGUCCCUUUUUCUAAUGACUGCCUGCUGUUACAGUUCUGACUCUGAAAUUUAAUGUUCUGCAUAUCCUUGACUUUUUGUUUCCCCCUUACCCAUUCAGAGUUCCAUUUGCUUUAUCAUUCUCAAUGUCUACUAUCUACUUGUAAUAAAGCAUGUUUAUAACCCA